AACUGCAUUCUAUCGAGUCCAAGCCAAUAGUUUCACCAACAAUUUGGCAGGUUUGUAAUAUGGGUUUCUUUGUCAAAUAGAUAGGGUUCUUUCAUCUCUCAAAAUCUACACAAAACCCCGCCCCGCCCACCACCCCCAUAUUUAUAAUAUGGCAUCUCUACCUUUGCUGAACCAACCAAUCCAUCAUCUCCUCAAAAACCACCACCCCAUUAAAACUUCAAGAAAGCCACCCAAAAUGGCCCUCACCAUCAGAAGAAAAGCCUUGAACAUUCUAAUAACAUCCUUAACACUUGUCCUAAACACACAAAGACAAGAAACUGCAAAUGCCAUUGAUUUCAGAAUGACAGUCCCAGACCAAACUCUUGAGGAAGCAGAAACUGGAAUCAAAACCCACGCACAGAAUCUGCUACAAGUGAAGGAUUUGUUAUUGGAAGAAUCAUACAAAGAAGCCCAGAAGAAUCUGAGGAAAAGCUCUUCAUUGCUUAAACAGGAUAUUUAUACAAUUAUUCAAGCAAAGCCAGGGAAAGAGAGGCCUCUUCUGAGGAAACUGUAUUCUGAUUUGUUCAAUAGUGUUACUCGAUUGGAUUAUGCAGCUAGGGAUGAGGAUAGGACACGUGUGUGGGAGUGUUAUCAUAGUAUUGUUUUAGCCCUUGAUGAUAUUUUAUCAAAACUAUAAAUCGAUGUUUUGGUCAUAGGUUAGAGAUUAAUUGCCGUCGGCUCCGUUUCAUUCAUAUAAUGAUACAGAUCUUGUUACUGGUUGGAUGGGUGCGAUGGCUGUAUAUGAAUUAUUGGCUCUAUUCUUGAUCCAAUAUGAAGAUAGUGUAAACUAGUUGUCUUAUUUGCAAAUCCCAUAUCUAUGUUCAUUUUAAACUAGAAAAUAUUUCGAUGAUCAGUGUUCUAAUAGACGUAAUGCCAAAUAGCUGCCAAAAAGAAUUAAGCCCGAAAACACAAUAUGUGCCCCAAAUACACCUUCGUAACUCCAAAUCCUUGGACCGUGAGUUGUUGCUCCCACUUGCACUUCAUGUUUUCUACGGUUUGGAGCUCUUGCACAAUUACUUGAAGUCAGUUACAUAUACCUAAUUUUUUGCCUUUUUAAGUUGUGUUCUUCGACAAAAAGUAAUAUCGCUACUUCAAAUCAAAUGUGAGGUUGAUAAUUGCUUAAUUUUGAGUAUCUAAAUAGUAAACUUUGUU